AGUCACCGUGUUAGUGUCGCACACCUCCGGAGCUCCAACCAGUGAGCAUCUGGCAGCAUGACCAUGAUGACACUCGAGUACUCCUCGAUAUGCACUGCAACUGUGCAAGGCCUGGCAAGGGUGCAAGGCCAAGGCAAGGGUGCAUGCCAGGGAGUUGACCUGCUACUGGUAGUACUGCUAGUGCUAGCCUAGCUGCUAGCUGCGAUUCAGGACGAAGGCCGCUGAAGUGAAGAGUGAACAUGAAAACUAAAUUAUUGGAGAUAAUGCGAACAGGAUCGGACAUGAGUGGGAUUGGUGCUAAAUCAACUCCCAUGGACAUUGAAGACUCAUCAGACGAAUCCGAUGAAGAGACCUUUCAGGAGCUCGAGUCAUCUGCUUACCACAAAGGUCAUUUAUGCCUGGCGCAGGGUGACGUUGGAACAGCCUACGCUUAUUUUCUGCUGCUGUUUAAACUGAACCCAGCAAGGAACGAGGCCAUAAUUCCAUUCACAUCUGCUCUACUUUCCUGGUCGCAAAAGCUGUGCAGUAUUGGCAGGGUCACUGAUGGGCUGCAGUGCUGCACUGGCGCCCUGGCAGUGAAGCGCAACUCGGCGCAUCUCUGGUACGCGUAUGGCACCUGCCUGAUGGCGAACGGCAUGCGGCUGGAGGCGCUGGAUGCUUUCCGCACCGCCGUGAGAUUACGCCCGGCUGGUCUGGCCUGUGCUCGUUGGGCGGCGGAUACAGUGAUGCACGAACUGCUUGAGAGGUGGCACUACCCGAUGCUGAACGACAUUGAGCGCAACACAAGAUACGCUGUCGGUAUUUCUCGUGCCGUGGCCACGAUUGGCUCGGCAGCCACCGUACUCGAGAUAGGCAGUGGGACCGGUCUACUGAGCAUGCUUGCCAUCCGGGCCGGCACCAAGCAUGUCCACGCUGCGGAGAUGUCGCCACUGAUGUGCCGCAUCGGCAAAGAAGCCAUCGCCGCCAACGGCUGUGCCGACUCCAUCACCGUGCACUGCCGCAAGUCCACUGAUCUCUGCGUACCAGAGCAUGUACCAGCCAGGGCCUCUCUUGUCGUCACGGAAAUUAUGGAUGCCGCUCUGCUUGGGGAGCACAUUGUGCCGGCAUUGCGGCAUGCCUGGCAGAACCUAAUCCUGCCUCCACAGCCUCGUUCUUCGCCGCGUUCUCCUGAUGUUGUUGGUGAUGGUGGCAGUGGGAACAUGAGUGCGAGCAAUGCAGAAGAAGCAUGCGGCGGACGGGUAAUACCGCAGUCGGCUUCCCUGCACGCCGUUCUCACAGAGUGUGCUUCUGUGCGCCUGCAUAGUCGCUUGGUACGUAACCAAGUGAUGGGUGUUGAUGUCAGCCGUGUAUCGGUGGUGGGUAGUGAUCAUGUCGAGGGUGCAACGCCGGACAGUAACCUGACUGGCGCUCGGUCCUCGCUGCUCGCAGGCCGCGACUCUGUGCGUUCGUCUGAGCCGUACAGCACCGAGCACUUCUCAUGUGUGCGCGGCGGAGUAGCUGCCCUCCAGCGGCCAGAGAACUAUGCACCGGUGUCCAAGCAGCUGCUACAGGUGAACUUCAAUCAUCCACAGGUGCCUAUUCAUCUCACGCACAGUUUGAGACUUUCAGUGGACAAAUGUGGGGUGUUAGACACAGUUGCUGUAUACUUUGAAGCUGUGAUCAGCGACGGCAAUUCCAUAUCGACUUGCCCGUUCGAUGGCUCGUCUAGUGACCGCUCGGCUUGGCAGCAGGCAUCGUUUCCGGUAACGCGGGACAAAGUGCUCAGUGCAGAGUGCUGGGAGCGUCGGCAAACGGAUCUGUGUGAGCUGUGUCGCUCCCUGGAGCACUCUACUAACAGUAUGCGGGUCUGUGCUGGAGAUGUUGUCACCUUGAAGGUUGAGUGCGUGGAUAAUGACACAUGUGUGGCGAUUAAUGUGGCUGACAUCAAGCGACACUGCCACACUGCUGAUCAAGGAAGCGGCAACUCCAUACCAUCUGAUCAGGCUAGUGUGCGGCCAUCGUCGACUCCUCUCGCCGGCAGUCGUUCAGAGGCACCGCUCGUGUUUUUGGAUCGUGCGCACGUCGCUCGUCUCAACGAUACGGAGUAUUGGCGCUCACUGCAGUCCGCCGUCGCCUCGCUCUCGCCAAGUAUGCCAGCCGUCCUGCGUGUGUUGGAUCUGUCGCAUGGUCUACCACUAUCCGGGAUCAGUCUUAUCAGCCAGGGUCAGGGAAGUGCUGCGGACAGUCGCCUUAUCCUUCCUGAAGCCGAAGCCGACAUACGCACGGCUGUGAAGCAGCUUACCGAUCAUCACGGCAUUGAGCAUCAGAUUGAGUUCAUGUCUGUCCAGACAGCGUGUUCCGCGGGCUUUGACAUCAUUAUCGCUGACCUGAUUGCCCCGCUGGGAUUUCUGUACACAGAUGCUUUGCAGCAAUAUGCCCUGUCAAGGCAAUACCUGCGUCCUGGUGGCACAGCGCUUCCAAGCCGCCUUGAGCUCUGGGCAAUGUGCAUUGACAGUGCGGCGUUACGUGCUCAAACCUCUGUGCUUGGACGCCGGCCAACGCUGGGCCUGGAUGUGGCGCGCUCCAUGAAUGCUUACCAGGUCAGGACGUUCAUUGGACUAGAUGCGGCCACUCUGGAGUUUGUACAGCUGACGGACCCAGUGUGUUUACUGGACGUUGAUCUCGACUUCCAUCCGAAGUAUCCGUUCAAAGAGCAAGCUGGCGAGGCGACCGUUGUGACAACAGCAGGUGGUGGAGUGACCGCUGUUGUCUACUGGUUCAAGUCUUACAUGGCAGAGAGUGUCGUUGUCGAGAAUCACCCGCUUAUCUGCCAGUCAGUGGAGAGCCAUUGGCGGCAGUCAGCCAUCAUGCUUGCCGAGGAUCGACCAGUCGCUGCGGGACAGCAUGUACGCUUGGCCACCAGCUUGCAAGAUGGUUGCGUCGACAUCACAGUGCAUGACACAUAGCAGCAGUCAGACUCAGAGUGC